AUAUGCACUUACUGUAAAUUAUUCAUUAAAGAAUCGGAUUGGAACCAUUCUACAUGUCCCUGUAGUACUAACUAAUGCUGUAUUAAACAUUGAUUUAACACUUAUGUCAACCAGGCUGCGCCAGUAACUAUCAAUAGCUGGUAGAUUGGGAAUGGGUAAUCAUUGAUUAGUUCUGUGUAUCUAAAGAAACUGAUUGCAGCAAACCCAAAAGACGGAAGAAUUCGAAGGGGACUAAGUAGGGCUUUGCUUGAUUGGCUAAGAUUAUAGUACUAAUUGGAAGGUUGCCUGGCAAAAGUACUAAUUAUAAUGUAGGAAGGAUUGAUACAAAUAGGUGUUAUAACAUGUUUGUGGAGUUAUAAUAUGGAAAUGCUUUUAUGUUAAGACUUUAAUAAGAUAGAUGAAGUAUCGAAUUAGUUGGGUUUGGUGAGAAUUGGUUGAACUGGAGGGAGAAUGGGGGAUCCAUCCAUGCAUACUCUUGGAAUAAGUUCUUUACUAAUAGGUGAUGCAGAUCUUGACCAAGUGUCAGAAACAAAUAGGACAGAGAUGGCUAAAAAAGUUGGUGUGGAAUGUGGUCUUCACUUUUGACCUUGAGAAGUAUUGCACUGCUUAAUUCACUGGAUUCACCGUUUCUGUAAUUUAUUAACCACGCCGAGUGAAUUUUUCAUGUGCUCACACAUGUGUCUGCAAUUGCAGCAUCCUUGCUUCUAAAUGGCCGAGGAGGUGAUCAAAGAGGCUAUCACUUCAACAACUCCUGCAUUAGCUGAGUCGAAGAGAGAAGAUCUCCGGAUAAAUACCACUGAAAUCAUAGAUGGCAACAGUGUGCCGCCCUACCUGAGGAGGAAAGAGAAGCCAGUUCCACAUUACCAGAGAGCAUCCACUGGCUCAUGCCAUGACAAAUGCAAACUUGGUAUUCAUCAUUCUUCCGAGUCUAAGAAAUACUCGCCUGUUCGUGCCUGGCGUCAGGACCGCGCGAACGCCAGGAAUGGAACACACGACCUGGCUCAGGCUGUAGCCAUCCCACAAGGAGACAAAGCAAGAAACAAGAGUCAGACGCUGAAGAUUUCUCGUGUAAAAGAUGGCGCUGCUCCUGGUAAGCCUGAAUUUACCAAGCAGAAGCCACCACUGAAAGGAGUACCUGGUCGUCUUGAAAGCUCUCCAUGUGUAGAGUUAAUAUCAGAUGAAGUACCUGGAACUGUUGUGGCUGGAAACCAGCCAGAUUGUGCGAAGUGCCUCAUCAUCUCACUUGAUGACUUGUCGAGCUGUGGAGAUGGACAAUUGUCAGAGGGAGCUGUAAGCAUUGAGCUGGAUAUGCCGUUGGCCAUCCAGGACAGGGAUGAGUCCGACGAUCAUAGUACGGAUCAUUCUGCAAAUGACUCUGUAAGUUCAGAGAACAUGAGUAAGCAGACUGUGAUGGCAUCAGAGAACCACAAACAAGAUAGGGACGUGACUAAACCACAGAGCUUCUCCCAGGAGUCUGUGAAACCAAACAGGAAAGCAAGGUCGACUAUAACCAGAAACACCAUGUCAAAGCACAAGAGCGAAAUAACAUCACAUGAGAAGGCUGCAGGUACAUCAGCUGGAAGCGGCGAUGGACCAAGGACAACGGCGAAAAAGGCAGAUCCUAGCGUUCCUAACAAGUUCAACAAGGAGAGGAAACUCAACUCCACUGUCACAUCAACUCUUCCAAGGGUGAAGAAAAUCAAAGCACCAUCACCAGCUAGCACGAUGGAUUCAUCUGCCAAACCUGCUACAAAUAAGCAUGCUCCAUCUCCAUCACCUCCUUCAGGGAAGCAAACUGAAAGAAAGAUUACACUGAAUAAUGUUGCCAAGAAUGCUCAACUUUGGCAAAACAAGGGAGAAGAAAAGGUUACAUUGAGUCCACUGAAGCUGUCUCGUUCUACAGUGAGAGCAGUCAGGAAAGAAACUUCUGAUUCCCCAGUGAAGAGUAAGAAGUUUUAUGGGAUAGAAAGUUUUUCUGGGUGCAAGGAUAAAAUAUCGAAGACAGCUUCGCCAAAAAUACGAAAACCAGACGUUAACAACAAAGAGAGACAAUCUCGCAAAGAAAAUGGGGCUAUUGCAAGAACUGAAAUUGCAGGAAGGCCAAAGAUAACAUCCACGCCCUCAUGCAUCAUCAUGAAGUCGCCUCGCAUGCUGAGGUUUCGCCGUGGCAAGGUGCUGAAGCUUGGCAGCAACUCUGACAACAGCACUCCCAGACGAGUACAGUUCAGGCCUGCAUAUGCUACAGAUGACGGCAACAGAAGCAAAUAUCCUGCCAGACGCAGAAUCACCAAGAACAAUGAAGCUAAAACUUCUGCUGCAUCAAAAGAUUCAGGUGCUUCAAGAGCUGAGGUUGUCGUCCUGAGGCAUCAGGGUGCCAAUGACAAAAAGAAGAGCGAGCCGCGAUUAUUCAACAAUGUGAUCAAGGAGACCGCGAGCAGGCUCGUCGAGGCGAGGACGAGCAAAGUGAAGGCCCUCGUUGGUGCUUUCGAGACAGUGAUCUCGCUUCAAGGUAUAAAGCAAGGCAGACCCAGCAUUUCCUGACCUGAAGUUUGCCACGUGAAAUUCAAGUAAAUGUGGGGGUCUCUGGAGUUUCCAUGUUAGAGGUUUCCAGUUGGAGUCCUUGUGCACACUCCUUUGCUUUGGGUUCACAGGCCUACAGAUAAGAAAAAUCACCGAAUAGGAAUAAUUUACUGUGCUGGUAUACUAAACUAAACUUUGUUUCAGUUUACCUAAUUCCAAGAGAGAUUUGG